GUGUCACACUAGCACUUUUUCCGUCAACUUUUUCCGUCGUUUUUCUGAAAAUCGUCGAUAUCUUGGCUGCGGCCUGUCACACACAAACGGUGUUUCGUCUGAAACUUUCCGUCGGCACAGACCAAGGAGUGUAAACAAACAUGGAGUCCACGCUGCGGCAAAGAUACGCUGCUCUGAACCUAAUACUGUGUAUUGUGAGACUUAGACGAGCUAAACAAGCCAAAAAGCGUGCAUGGAUGCGCUCAUGGUUGGUUCGUCGGGAAAGAGAAAGUGUGUACCACAGGCUGUUAAAAGAGCUGAGUUUAGAGGAUCAUGAGACUCUGAAGAAUUGGAUCAGGUUGGACAAGAGCCAGUACCACAGACUUCUGGAGUUAGUGACACCUCUUAUUGCCAGAAGUGACACCAGGAUGAGGAAGGCUGUCACUGCAGGAGAGCGUUUGACACUGACACUUCAUUACUUGGCCACAGGGGAAUCUCAAGCUUCACUCGCCUGCCAGUUUCGCAUCAGCCACAACCUUAUCUCUUCAAUUAUACCUGAAGUAUGUAGAGCCAUCUACCAAGUUCUGCAGCCACAGUACCUUCACCUUCCAAGAAACCAAAGUGAGUGGCAGCAUGUUGCCAGCCAGUACUAUGCAAGGUGGAAUUUUCCCAUGUGCAUUGGGGCUCUGGAUGGCAAGAGAGUACUUAUUUCUAAGCCACCACGUUCUGGGUCUGAAUAUUAUGAUUAUAAGGGCCAUUUUAGUCUCAUCAUGAUGGCACUGGUGGAUGCCAGCUACAAAUUCAUGUAUGUUGAUUACUCCACAAUUACCUAA